AUGGCCAUGCUGGUCAGCGUCGCGAAUAGGCCUCCCGCAGGGGUGAAAGCUCCGUACAUAGAAGACUGGAAAACGGCAGCGAGAGUUCCUUGCGCCUCGCAGUUAGCUAUCUUGGAGAUGGCCGAGAACGUCAACAGCCAGGGUCGACGAAGCGACUCACCGGCGCCCACUCCGGCUGGGCCAAAUCCGAGGCCAAUUACGUUAGCGGGGCCAGAAAAGCUUGCUUUCCUGAUGGAACUGAGUAGCGGCCGCUUACGUGGCUGGGACAGCCAAGCCCUCAAGGCGCCCCAGUACUGCUUCAGCCAUAAACCUAGGCUUCCUUCAUAUGCCAACCCCCUCAACAUCGGACUGAUGGAUAGGCCAUCAGCCGCCAAAGAGACGACGUUCUCGGCGUAG